GGGCGGGGCGGGUGCGCGCGACGGUGGCGGCCAUGGCGGAGCGGGGCGGCGGCGGCGACGGGGAGGCGGCGGCAGCGGCGGGCGAGCGCUUUGGCACCGACCUCCGGAUGGCUCAGCAGCAGGCGCUGCGGUUCCGCGGCCCCGCGCCCCCGCCCAGCGCGGUGCUGCGCGGGCCCCCGCCGCUGCUGCGGCCGCCCCCGCCCUUCGGCAUGAUGCGGGGCCCUCCUCCGCCCCCCCGGCCCCCCUUCGGCCGGCCCCCCUUCGACCCCAGCAUGCCCCCGAUGCCGCCGCCGGGAGGGAUCCCCCCGCCCAUGGGGCCUCCACACCUACAGAGACCACCAUUUAUGCCUCCUCCCAUGGGUAGCAUGCCACCACCUCCUGGUAUGAUGUUCCCUCCAGGAAUGCCGCCGGUGUCUGCGCCAGGAACGCCAGCAAUGCCCCCAGCUGAGGAGAUCUGGGUGGAGAACAAAACUCCGGACGGGAAGGUUUAUUUCUACAACGCGCGCACCCGCGAGUCGGCGUGGAGCAAACCGGACGGGGUCAAGGUCAUCCAGCAGUCCGAGCUGACGCCCAUGCUGGCAGCCCAGGCCCAGGCCGUGGGGGCCUCCACCCCCACCACCAGCAGCCCUGCAGCUGCAGCAUCUCCAUCCACCUCCUCCAGCACGCAGUCCUCCACCACCUCCACCACCACCACGGCCACCUCCGUGUCCCAGACCAACUCCACACCUACCACACAAGACCAGACCCCAAGUUCGGGUGUUUCAGUUGCCACACCAUCAGUCAGUGUUUCAACCUCUGCUCCUUCUGCUACACCUGUGCAGACUGUACCCCAGCCAGUCCCACAGACAUUGCCUCCUGCAGUUCCUCAUGCAGUACCUCAACCAACUGCAGCAAUUCCUGCUUUUCCACCAGUAAUGGUACCUCCAUUUCGUGUCCCCCUUCCUGGCAUGCCUAUUCCACUUCCAGGUGUAGCAAUGAUGCAAAUAGUCAGCUGCCCGUAUGUAAAGACAGUCGCUACCACCAAGACCGGAGUGCUGCCGGGCAUGGCUCCCCCCAUCGUGCCCAUGAUCCACCCGCAGGUGGCCAUCGCCGCCUCGCCCGCCUCGCUGGCCGCCGUCUCCGAGUGGACAGAGUACAAAACUGCCGACGGCAAAACCUACUACUACAACAACAGGACUCUGGAGUCCACCUGGGAAAAGCCCCAAGAGCUGAAGGACAAAGAAAAAAUGGAAGAGAAGGUCAAAGAGCCAGUUAAAGAACCCUCAGAGGAGCCUUUACCAAUGGAGACAGAAGAAGAGGAGUCUAAAGAAGAGCCCAUAAAAGAACUGCUAAAGGAGGAGCCAAAAGAGGAAGAAAUGACAGAGGAAGAGAAGGCAGCUCAGAAGGCCAAGCCAGUGGCCACCACCCCGAUCCCAGGCACCCCGUGGUGUGUGGUGUGGACAGGGGACGAGCGGGUGUUCUUCUACAACCCCACCACACGGCUCUCCAUGUGGGACCGGCCCGACGACCUCAUCGGCAGGGCUGACGUGGACAAAAUCAUCCAGGAGCCUCCUCACAAAAAGGGACUGGAAGAAGGAAAAAAACUCAUUAGAGAAGAGCACGAAGCUGCAGAGGAAGCAAACGAAGAUGAGCCUGUUAAAAUCAAAAAGCGCAAGAAAGAUGAUAUCAAAGACAUGGAUUCUGAGAAGGAGGCUGCUAUGGAGGCUGAGAUUAAAGCUGCUCGAGAGAGAGCCAUUGUCCCACUGGAGGCUCGGAUGAAACAGUUCAAGGACAUGCUGCUGGAAAGAGGGGUCUCUGCCUUUUCAACAUGGGAGAAAGAGCUGCACAAGAUCGUGUUUGAUCCUCGUUACUUGCUGCUCAACCCCAAAGAAAGGAAACAGGUCUUUGAUCAGUAUGUGAAAACCCGAGCAGAGGAGGAGCGCAAGGAGAAGAAAAAUAAAAUAAUGCAGGCCAAGGAGGAUUUCAAGAAAAUGAUGGAAGAAGCAAAGAUUAAUCCAAGAACUACUUUUAGUGAAUUUGCAGCCAAGCAUGCUAAAGACUCGAGGUUCAAGGCAAUUGAAAAGAUGAAAGAUCGAGAGGCCUUGUUUAAUGAGUUUAUCUCAGCGGCAAGAAAGAAGGAGAAGGAAGACUCGAAGACCAGGGGAGAGAAGAUCAAAAUGGACUUCUUUGAGCUGCUGGCAAACCACCACCUGGACAGUCAGUCUCGCUGGAGCAAAGUGAAGGACAAAGUGGAGACUGACCCGCGGUACAAGGCGGUGGACAGCUCCUCACAGAGGGAGGACCUGUUCAAGCAGUACAUCGAGAAAAUAGCCAAGAACCUGGACUCGGAGAAGGAGAAGGAGCUGGAGCGGCAGGCGCGCAUCGAGGCCAGCCUGCGGGAGCGCGAGCGCGAGGUGCAGAAGGCGCGCUCCGAGCAGACCAAGGAGAUCGACCGCGAGCGCGAGCAGCACAAGCGCGAGGAGGCCAUCCAGAACUUCAAAGCACUGCUCUCGGACAUGGUGCGCUCCUCGGACGUGUCCUGGUCCGACACGCGGCGCACGCUGCGCAAGGAUCACCGCUGGGAGUCGGGCUCGCUGCUCGAGAGGGAGGAGAAGGAGAAGCUCUUCAACGAGCACAUCGAGGCACUCACCAAAAAGAAGAGAGAACAUUUCAGGCAACUUCUGGAUGAAACUUCAGCGAUAACUUUAACAUCAACAUGGAAAGAAGUGAAAAAAAUCAUUAAAGAAGAUCCCAGGUGCAUUAAAUUCUCUUCGAGUGACAGGAAAAAGCAGAGGGAGUUUGAGGAAUACAUCCGAGACAAAUACAUCACUGCCAAAGCUGACUUCAGGACACUGCUCAAGGAGACCAAAUUCAUCACCUACAGAUCCAAGAAGCUGAUCCAGGAGUCAGACCAGCACCUGAAGGACGUGGAGAAGAUCCUGCAGAACGACAAGCGCUACCUGGUGCUGGACUGCGUGCCCGAGGAGCGGCGCAAGCUGAUCGUGUCCUACGUGGACGACCUGGACCGGCGCGGGCCCCCCCCUCCACCCACGGCCUCCGAGCCCACCCGCAGAACCACCAAAUAACCAGCCAGGCUGCCCUGAGCCAGGCUGCCCUGAGCCAGGCUGGCCUGUGCCAGGCUGCCCUGUGCCAGGAUGGCCUGUGCCAGGCUGCCCUGAGCCAGGAUGGCCUGAGCCAGGCUGACCUGAGCCAGGAUGGCCUGAGCCAGGCUGGCCUGAGCCAGGCUGCCCUGUGCCAGGCUGCCCUGUGCCAGGCUGCCUUGAGCCAGGCUGCCCUGAGCCAGGCUGCCUGUCACCCAGCGCUUGCAUGAGCCAUCAGGUCACACAUCCAUCGCUGUCAGUAUACUCAAACAUCCCAGCAGCAGAGGCAGGAGCAGCAUUAGUGAACAUUAAAUGGUCUCUGGGGGGAAACCAACAACAAACCCACAUUAAAGAUAUUUAUGAGUUAAUUGGAGCAUGGCUGGCAAACCCCAGGGUGUGGGCUGUCUGGUGGCUGUGGGUCUCAGGGUGGUGUGUGAGGUGGGGGAGGACACUGCUACCUGGGGCUUUCCCCUCAGCAGUGUCCUGCCUGUGAGUCCCCAGGGUGCUCCUGGUGUGCUCUGAGCGUGUCCUGUGUGUGUGCCACAGCUGCCUCCUGCUGCCUGCAGUCCCUGCAGGAGGGGUGACAUGCUCUGGUCGCUGAGAUUACUGAUCACUGACAGCCCCUCUGCAAACACCAGUCCCAGUUCUCUGCUUCCACCCUUGGGAGUGGAACUAAAUCUGUUAGAGCUGAGUGGAGAACAGGGACUUGGAGACCAAACCAGGUUUAUUCACAGGCUGCUCUGUUCCUGCCCCCAGCCAUUGAUUUGCAGCAGUCAGGUUGCUCUGCCCAUGUGAAGUUCUGUCUGAUGAGUUUUGCUCGAAGCUGGAAAUCCCAGAGGUGACCGAGCAGGCCAGGACGGUUGUAUAAACACAUUUUUAUUUACAAUAAAGUGAUCUUUACAUACUUCUGGAUUAGACUGUGCAUACCCCCUCUGGGCAAUUCUUGUAAACUAUACUCCUGUUUUGAAUGUUAAACUUGUGUUUCUAAAGUUUAAUUUUGAAAUGUUGGGAUUGUUCAGUUUAUGUAUUUGAACUACAAUAAACCAACCCUUUUUAUAUAUGGAUUGUACAGGCCUAAUCCCGAUUUCUGUUGGAUUUUGUUGGACUUGUGAAUUUAUGAGUAAAGCAAACGACUGAAGUGA